GUCAAACUGAUCAAUAUAGCAAAAUCUUAAAAAUCUUACAAAUUAAUGCCUAAAAUACGGCAGGUAAAGUUUGCGGAUAAAAUGGAAGAUAUCAGUGAUUUUGCCGGUGAAGUGUCUGUGGUUGAUGUGUACGAUAUUGCUUCGGACAUAGGGAAAGAAUGUGAAAAAAUUAUUGAUAAAUUUGGGGCUGAUGCUGUAACAGCUUUAAUGCCAAAAGUCAUCAAUGCUUUGGAGUUGUUGGAGAAUUUGGCCACGAGAAAUGAGAGGGAGAAUACGCAGUUACAAGAGUUGGAAAGCAAAAUAUCACAAUUGGAGAAUGACAAGUUGGAAAAGCAAGAAUAUAGGCUUAAAUUUGAAAAGGAAUUGGAGGCUAUAGAAGACCAGUGGCGGUCGGAAACCAACGAGUUGGUUUGUAUGGUGUCAAAAUUGCAGGAGGAAAAUCGUAGAUUAAUAAAAAGUAGCAGUCCAACACAUACAUUUACAAGUUCUGGUUCUUCCAUUGAAAAUUUAGAAAACGAUGGGGCAAUUUUGCAGAGAUUAAAAGACUCUAUUGAGAAACAAAGGGAUGAUAUACGUUUUAAGGAAAAAGUGCUACAGGAAAAGUGCCUGGACAAUGAAAAUCUUAAAUUGCAAGUUGACAGGCUGUCAGGAACCAAUAGGGAGCUAAGAAGAAAACACAAAUCUAGCCAAUCACAAGUCAGGACUUUAUGUGAUGAAAGGGCGGAUUUUUUGGUCCAACUGCAGGACCAACAAAGAGAUAUAAACGGUUUAAGACAACGUUUGGGCUUGGCGCAGAAAGAAAAUGAAGAUUUAGUCAAGAGUGACCAACCAGCGCCCAUUAACAAAGCCAUAUACGAUUUGGAUGAUCCAAAUAGGCCUAGAUUCACUACGCAAGAAUUAAAAGAUAUUUUGAAGGAAAGAAAUGAAUUAAAAGCCAGGGUUUCCGAUUUGGAAGACGAAUUGGAAGGGUAUAGACCCAAAAAGGCGGAUACGUUUUUAAAUUUAAUUCCUUUAAUUGAUCAUAUUGAAAACGCAUGUCAGAGUUUUUUAAGUUCCGCUAAAACAUCUCCUGUAGAGGAAUGCUCGCCCAUCGAUGAAGACGCCCCUGUGCAGGGCCCGUUACCAUACGAACCGGACGAUGCCCCUUGGAAAAAAUCGUCAGAAUCCGGAAUUCGUAAAUUUUUUCGGAAGAUUUUCUCCGAGAAUAGCCCAGGCAGCAGUUUUCCUAGGCGUAGCCUUUCCACUCUAUCGAAAAUGGCCCUUUCUUCCACAACCAGCGAGCCCAUACCGAUAUAAUGUCAGCUACUUAUCACUAGCGACACCUAUCGGCGUUUUUGUCGACUUGGCUGGAAACCUGAAUUGCGUAUGAUCUGUCUAUUGUUUUCUUACUCUAUGGGUAAACUUUAAAAACUAAAAAGUCAAGUUUAUUGAUUUUGGAGGAUUUUUUAAAGUUUUUCUUUCUUUUUAUCGCAAGCUUUACGUAUUUUUUUAGCAA